UACAAAUAUACAUCUUCCACACCUCGAAAUCCUGCAGACACAAGAGCAAAACCAAGGGAGAAAACGGAAGCAGAAGCUGUUUUUCAGGACAGAAAAGUGAGCUGUAAAUUAACGAUGCUGCAAAUCCUUUUUUACAUGCUGAUCUCAUCGAGGAUCGAAGGAGUCUUGGUUGAUAAGACUUAUCUUUCCAAUGCUGCAGCAAAAGGAGCUGUUUGUUUAGAUGGGAGUUCACCAGUGUACCAUCUUGAUAGAGGAUCUGGGACGGGAAUAAACAGUUGGCUGGUUCAUAUUGAGGGAGGUGGAUGGUGCCAAAAUGUCGCGGAUUGCCUAGUCCGUAUGAACCAAAAACAGGGUUCCUCCAAGGACAUGGCUAAACAGCUUGCUUUCAAUGGGAUUUUGAGCAACGAGCCACAGAUGAACCCCGAUUUCUAUAAUUGGAAUAGGAUCAAGGUAAGGUAUUGUGAUGGCUCAUCAUUUACUGGGGAUGUAGAAGCAGUGGAUCCUGCUACCAAACUUCACUUCAGAGGGGCAAGGAUUUUUCUUGCUGUCAUGGAGGAGCUGCUGGAGAAAGGAAUGAAGAAAGCUGAAAAUGCUAUUCUGUCUGGAUGUUCAGCCGGUGGAUUGACAUCAAUUUUGCAUUGCGAUAGCUUUAGAUCUCUUGUUCCUGAGGGCUCUAAAGUAAAGUGCAUUUCUGAUGCCGGUUAUUUCAUAAAUGCGAAAGAUAUUACUGGAGCAUCUUAUAUCGAGGAUUACUACAACGAUGUGGUCAGGACACAUGGAUCAGCGAGGAAUUUGCCAUCAUCGUGUACGUCAAAAGGGAAACCCAGCUUGUGUUUUUUCCCUCAAAACAUUGUACAACAAAUUCAGACACCACUCUUCAUUACAAAUUCUGCCUAUGAUUCAUGGCAGAUAAGUCACAUUUUGGCUCCUAAUGUUUCGGAUCCAAAUUUUACUUGGCUCAAUUGCAAGAAUAAUAUUAGCAAUUGCUCCCCGAGUCAGCUCCAAACCAUUCAAAAUUUCAGAUUGGAAUUUAUAAAUGCAUUGAAGGGAAUUAGUGUCUCUAUAUCAAGAGGGUACUACAUAAAUUCCUGCUAUACACACUGCCAAACUGAAGGGGAAACAUGGUUUGGGACCCACUCUCCAAUCUUAAAUAACAAGACAAUUGCAAAAGCAGUUGGAGAUUGGUUUUACGAUCUAAAUCAAUUUCAAGAGAUCGACUGUCCUUAUCCUUGUAACAAAAGUUGUCCCAACUCAACUAUUUAAUUGGGAUAAUUUAAUAAGUACCAUGUCAUAAAAGGAAAAAAAAUUGUGUUGUUAAAUUGAAAGAGUGAUUUAUUUGUUGCUUGAUUGGUGUACAUGAAAUCUUAUUCAUUGUAUUGUUAGUUUCUAUUUUGUCUAUUCU